AUGAUCACCUCAGCCGACUUAAGUGGAAAUCCGUUUUUUUGUGAUUGCAACCUGGCCUGGCUCCCCCGUUGGGUUGAAGAGAGAAAUGUGAAGGUGUCCCGUCCGUCUGAGACUCAGUGCAUUCAGCCGCUGGAAUUGGCUGACCUUCUGCUUUUCAACGUCUCCUUCAGUGACGCUACUUGCGGAGCCGAUUACGUUGCCUGCCUGCCGGACAACAGCACAGGUGGAGUGGAGUCUGUCAUCCGAUUCACUUCCCAUUUGCCACCGAACCUGACGGAGGAAGUGUGCAGUGCACUUUGCUAUGCUGACGGGCAAGACUACGGGGGCUUCAGUGAGGAAGCCGAUUGCUUUUGCGGCUUUGCUCUGGAGCCCAACGUUUCCUCUGGCUGUUUGCCCUUCUGUGCCAGGCCCCUGGCUGGACCCCUCUGUGGGGGCCCAACGCUGCUUUCCAGGGUCUUUCCGGCUGUGCUGCCGGUGUCCUUGGAGGCUCCGGGGACACUGUGGGGUGUUUACCAAGAGGUGGCUUUUGUUCUCCAUCUUCCGGUUGCGGUGGGCACCAUUCAAUGGGACUUUGGGGAUGAAACGGGGCUUUUCAAUACCACCAAGACCACCGUCCUUCAGGUCUACACAUUGCCAGGACUCUUCAACAUCACAGCCACGGUUUUUGUCGGCAACCGGUUUAUCUCCGCGCAGACCGAAAUCGAGGUGCUGGCCUCCCCAGAGGAAAUGGCUCUUCAGUGUCCCUCUUUGCUGAAGAUCAAUGAAAGUUUACAGUUACAGAUGAGGAAUCGUGGAGGAACUGGCCUCUCAGUGGCCUAUAACAUCACUGUGCAGGACCAGGAGCCUGGAAGAGUGGUCUUACCUGGUUGCCCCUCGGACAGCGUGAUCUUCCCUGGGAACAGGCACUGCUAUUGGCUCGGAGCAGAAAAAGCAGAAUGGCUGGAGGCCCAGAGGCUUUGCCAAGAGCACGGCAGUGGAAGUCUGGCCUUUGUCAGCAGCCCCGAAAUUCAGAAUUUCUUGGUGUCCAGUGUCACCCGGAGCCUGGAUGUCUGGAUUGGGUUUAACGACGUGGCAAGCCCCAGCCCGUUGCCACAAGGCGAGGAAGGCUUCGAUGUGCAGAGCUGCCAGAACUGGCUCCCGGGUGAACCCCAUCCUUCCAAUGCCGACCACUGUGUCCGGAUGGGUCCUGCCGGGCAGUGCAACACCGAUCUCUGUAUGGCCAAACACAGCUACGUGUGCGAGCACAAGCCACAAGUCGAGAUUCUUCUAAAUGCUGACCGCUUUCAACUGGGAUCUCUUGCGUUCGACACCUAUGUGGCCACCAGGAGCCUGACCGAGAGAGAAGAGCCUUCUGCCCCAUUGGGGCCAGUAGAGACUCUGGUGUUUCCCAGCUUGGCAUUUCAACAGGAGGGCUUUUUAGUAGCCUUGGAGCUGGUGGCGCAGAAACUACAGCAGCCAGCCCAUAUCCGCUUUCAAGUACACCGUCCAGCCCACCCAAAAGGAUGCAACGAGAUCAGGAACGUGACUGACCUCUUCCUUGUUUCCCAAGAGAAUGAGACUUGGACACCAAUGGACUGUCUGGUUGGCUUCCAGUGGUGCCACUCAGCCAACUCAUGCCAACCUCUAGAAAGCUGCUGCCACCAAGAGCCAUAUGCCAACUCAACAACUCAGGCAGCUGCUGGUCUUCCUCACCCCUGCAAAAAUCAAACCUGGAGCGUGGUGCUUAAGACGUCACAUUUUAUGUUGCCCCUGGGCCCCUCCACGCGGUACCUUUUGCUCUUCAGAAGCAAGGAUACCUUUGUCAAACCCAACGAUACAGUAAGUGUCCAGCAUGAUGCUGGGCCUGGCGCUUUGCUCCUUUGCCAUGCCAGCCAAAAGCCACUCACGCAGAUGAGCUACUUCACCAUCAGCUCUUUGGAUUGGGACCCGGGCUGGCCUGUCCACCCCGCUCCCCAAGCCUGGCAGAACGAUUCCAGGUGCCCUAUCAGGAUCCUGGCGGCUGCUGAAGAGACCAUCCCGCUCCUGCCGAAAAACCACUCCAGCGUCCACCGCCCUGGCCUUUAUGCGGUGCAGGCCACAGUCCACAACGGCCUCUUCAGGAGGAACUUCUCCUGCGACUUCUGGGCUCUUUCCGCUAUCUUGGGCCUCCGUGUUAUCUACCCACCGGAAAAAUGUGGCAAAGUCUACAUGGAAAGCAACAGCACAUGGCUGGUGGUGAAAAUCCUUUCUGGGAUGAACGCAACCUCUGGCCGGCUGGGGGGCAACCAGAGCUUCCCUUUUGGACGGAGCUGCCCCCCAGCGGUCACUCCACUGGUGGCAGAAUGCACAAGAGACAGCAAUGACACCUGGUUCUCUGUAAUCCUGCUGGAGGACAUUGGGCAUAACCUGAGCACUGUUGUGUUGUGGGCCAAGAAUGCCGUGAGUUCACAGAACAUCACCGUCAGGGUGAAAGCGGAGGAUGCCAUCCGAGGAUUGCGUGUGACCCCUGACCCAGAGACCAGGGUCCUUCAGAACAAGCGUGUGAGUUACAUCCCUGUGAUGGAUGCUGGGUCGGAUGUCACCUUCAUGUGGAGACUGGAUGACAAGAGCUCCUUUACUUUCUACAAUGACGUCUUCCACGUCCUUUACCAGUCCCCAGCUGUGUACAAGCUAUCGCUUACAGCCUCAAAUAAUGUCAGCAACAUCACGGUGUGCUAUAACAUCACUGUGGAGGAGAUGAACAGGAUGAAGGACCUGAAGGUCUCGGAGAUCUUGACCCACGUCCCACAGAACAGCAGUGUGGAACUGUCAGCAGUCGUGACUGUGGAUUCGGCUGUCGAUGCCAGAUUCCUGUGGGACUUUGGUGAUGGUGACCAAGCCAUUUUGGAGUUUCAUCCUCCCUAUAAUGAGUCCUUCCUGAAGCCAGAUCCCAAGAUCCACCAGGUGCAAAUCAGGCAUAAUCUGUCCCAUAUAUACCAAGACCCAGGUAAAUACAGCCUGACUGUUGUAGUCUCCAAUGAAUUUGAGAACCUGACCUGUUCAAUCCCUGUCCACAUCUAUGCUCACCUAACAGAAGUGACCAUGCAAGUAGCCUCAGAUGUUUUGGUGGUGGGCCAUCCUGUCACCUUUGAAGCUCAAAUGAUGCCCUCCAGCUUCGGAGUCUCUUAUACCUGGAAUUUUGGGGACGGGUCAGAAGCAUUUGUGGGAAGCCAGGCCGCCGUAGUCCACACCUACAGUUCCAGAGGGAUGUACAAGGUCAGGGUGCAAGCAAACAACACCAUCAGCACUGUUGAGACAUGGCAGCAUUACCAGGUCUUUGAAGAGAUCAGUGGGUUGUGGGUGUCCUUGAAUGAAACCAUAGAGCUUCGCACCCCGAUUGAGAUCAGCGCUUCUGUGGAAACAGGAGAUAAUAUCACCUGGAUAUUUGACAUGGGCGAUGGGACCAUCCUGGAGACUCCUGUGGCAUCCAUAAAGCAUACUUAUUUAAAGGAGAUGAACUGCACCGUAAAUGUAACUGCGAUGAAUCCAGUCAAUUCUCUGUCCCGAGCUGUGCCCGUCCAGAUAUUUGUGCUGAUGGUGCUCAAGAUUGAGCCUUCCUCUUGUAUCCGAGAAGACCCCAAAGUACAGCUCACAGCUCACGUUUCAGGUAAUCCCCAGAACUACUUUUUUGACUGGACAUUUGGCGAUGGCUCAUCCAACAUCACCGUGUAUGGUGAUCCAACAGUGAUCCACAACUUCACCCUCAGUGGAAUCUUCUCCUUGUCUUUGGUCCUUUCCAGCAAGGUCAACAAAGCGCAGUACUAUACGGAGAUUUGUGUGGAGCCAGAGAUCACCAAUGUGACGCUUUUGGUAAGGCCAGAACUGCUGUGGCUCGGCAACGAGACCAAAUUUCAAGUCACAGCCUUGCCGCCUUACCGCUACCGAUAUCUUUGGGACUUUGGGACGAACGACUCCGCCAGGUUUGGUGGGACCGAAGUGAGCUAUACCUACAGAAGUCCAGGGGACUAUAUGGUCAUGGUGACCGUCUGUAACAACGUCUCUUUCAACAAUGUCUCGGCAUCAGUGAAAGUCCAGGAGCCGGUUGGGGUGGCCAAGAUUGAGUCAAACGGCUCAAAGGUUUUGGAGCUGAACCAAGUUUAUCUCUUCUGGACCAAUGUCACUGGGACCAAUGUUAGUUAUUUGUGGUACUUUGGGGAUGGGACUUCCCAGUUGGCAAAAUCCAUCACCCAUUCUUACAACAAGAGUGGUACCCACACCAUCAGUUUGACGUGCUGGAACGAUGUCAGCUUCCAUGAGGCCAAGAUGAACGUAACCGUGAAGAGGCGCCUGCAGGGCCUGAGCAUCAACGCCAGCAGGACGGUGGUGCCUCUGAACGGUUCUGUAAGUUUCACGGCCACCCUCCUGGUGGGCACUGCCAUCCGGUACUCUUGGAUCUUGUGCGACAGGUGCACUCCCAUCCCGGGUCUUUCCACCAUUUCCUACACUUUUCGCUCUGUUGGGACGUUCAACGUGAUUGUGACGGCCGAGAAUGAGAUCGGGGGCCUGCAGAGCAGCAUCUUCAUCUAUGUCCUGCAGCAAAUAGAAGGGCUGCAGAUCACCGGAGGAGACUUCCUGGACAACAUUUACUUCCCCACCAAUAAGACGCUGCAGCUCCAAGCGGCCGUGAAAGACGGAACAAACAUCUCUUACAGCUGGACUGUCCUGAAGGAAAGUCACACCGUGCAGACGUUUACCGGGAAGGCUGUCUCCUUUGUCAUUCUGGAAGCAGGCGUCUCUGCUGUCCAUCUGAAAGCCACCAACAUGCUGGGAAGCUCAGCUGUCAACAAGACGGUGGAGUUCAUUGAGGAGGUGGGCGCCUUAAAGCCAACCGCCACCCCUAAUCCUGCUGCAGUCAACGCAUCUGUUAACAUCAGCGCCAGUGCAACUGCCGGAAGUGGGCUGCUGUACACUUGGAACUUUGAAGAUGGCCUUUCUCUCUGCACAGACUCCAGUACAAUCGCACACUCUUUCCCGAGUCCAGGCACCCAAACCAUUGCUGUGGUGGCAGGAAACAAGUUUGGUUCUGCCAAUGCAUCCCUUGUGGUAUGCAUACAGGAACCCGUAGUGGGCCCAGAGAUUAGGAUCAUAAGGCCAAACAGCAGUUCUGUAGAAUCUGGCACCGUGGUAAACUUUGCUGGGGAGUUGGAAAGGGGAUCGGACGUACUCUGGAUGUGGAAGAUGCAGGACAAAACCAUCUCGGGCCAAAGGGUGGCUCUCAAUUUUCCCAUGGCCGGAAUUUUCCCUGUCUGCUUGAACGCUUCUAACGAUGUCAGCUGGGACAUAGCUUGCCUCAAUUUGACAGUCCAAGAUGCAAUCCAGGGUCUGAAGCUCAGCGUAAGCAAAGACGUGCUGCAGCCAGGGGAACUGGUCUCUUUUGAGGUUGAAAUAACCUCUGGUUCCUCCGUGAGCUACAGGGUCACCAUCGGCCGUAACCACUCUGAGAUCCUCAGUGCUUCCAGCUUCACCUACAAGUUCAGCCAGGUUGGAGAAUACUUAGUGAGAGUAACUGCAGAGAAUCAAGUAAGUGUGGCUUACGCAGAGGAUCUUAUCGUGGUGCUGGAGCCCGUGUGUGGCCUCCAGAUCACCGAUUGCUGCGAACAAGGAAUGCCCGCUGCGGUGGAGAAGCAGUUCACGGCUCGGAUUGAGAGCGGCUCAUGGGUGUCUUACGUCUGGCAGUUCACCUUAGUAAAAGAGCAGCAACGUUCCCAGGUUCACUUAGAGGGCCAAAGUGUCUCUUACACCCCAGAAGGAGCGGGGCAGCUGGACAUCCACCUGUGUGCUUUCAACCGUCUGAGCAGCCUGAACGUAACUGUGGUGAUCCAAGUCCAAGAUUUCAUCCUCCAGCUGUCCAUCCAGCCUGUUGAUUCUUUCGUCAACCGCACAACUUUCUUCGAAGCAUCUGUGCUGCCCAGUGCCAGAGAAGUCCUCUUCUGGUGGCAUUUUGGAGAUGGCUCUCCAGCAGUGCAAACGAGUGUGCCGUCUGCCAACCAUGUUUAUCUGAGGCCCGGUGAUUAUGCGGUGGGUGUGAAUGCCACCAACCUCAUCAGCUUCUCCAUUGCCCACCGCACGGUCACGGUCCGUAUUCUGGAGUGCGAGGAACCAGAAGCUGAGCUUGCUUUACCUGCUCAGGUGUUUAUGAAACGAUCCCAGAAGAAUUAUCUGGAGGCCCAGAUUGACUUGCGAGGAUGCACCAGGUACCAGACUGCCUACCUCUGGGAGAUCUACAAAACCCCGAGCUGCCUACACCUGGAGGCUUUUGCCAAAGUCCAGUUGGUCAGCGUGGACGUGAGCCGACCACAGUUGGUCAUCCCAAAGCUUACUCUGGAUCUCGGCAACUACUGCUUCAAAUUCUUGGUCUCUUUUGGUGAUACUCCUCUGUCCAAAAGCAUUUUUGCCAAUGUGACAGUUUUGCCCAAUAAACUGGUACCCAUCAUUGAUGGAGGAUCGUAUCGUGUCUGGUCCAGCACCCGGGACUUGAUCUUGGAUGGCGAGAAAUCCUACGACCCUAACUGGGAAGAUUGGGAACAGACACCGUUGUAUUAUGAUUGGACUUGCGUAUCAUCUUCCAAAAAUUCACCUGGUGCACAUGGUCUCAACUUCAGUGCCACAGGAGGACUGGUCACCAUCCCUCGGGCCAUGCUGGAAGCAGAUGUGGAAUACACGUUUGACCUCACCAUCUCGAAACCAGGCAUGGAUUCAGAAGCCACAAAUCAAACC